UAUUUUGCAUUUCUGUUUUGGCGUCAGUGUAAACAAACUGGCAGAGUAAAUAAAACAUCGCAACGUACGCCAACGAAAAGCUGGUCACGAUAGGCGCAACAGACUUCGCAUCCAACAUCGCGUUUUCGUUUUAACCGUAACCGGUAUGGGUGGUUGCCGAUGCACAUUUCGUGAGUGUGAAAAUGGAACGUCGGCCAGGAAAGAUCUACACUACUUUCGGUAUCCCGUGCGUGAUCGGGAACGGUUAGCAGUGUGGGCGAAGAACGCAAAUCACAUGGAGUACUUGGAUCUACCGAUCGACAAGCUUUCGAACAAGGUUGUGUGCCAGGAACAUUUCGAGCGUCCAAUGUUUAUGAACGAACUGCGCGAACGGCUCACGAAGCUGGCUAUACCGCGCCUCAUGCCACAACCGGAUGGUACGGUACUGAAUGUGGAAAGCUGCAAAAGUUCACCCGCGGAAGAUGCCCUCGAGCCGGUGCAAUCAUCUUCUGAGCAAACAAGCUUACACAAGAUCGACCAAUUAGAAGUGGGACAAAAAGUGCGAAAAAGUGUACGACCGGUAGAGCCUGCGAAGAAAAAAAUUAAAAUCCUCAACUCCGAAACCUUGAUACCCAGCAAGGCCGGCACACCAUGCGAAGUGAUACGCAUUGACACAUCCGAAAUCCACGAAGCAAAGCGGCUUCUCAAACUGUUUAAUACGAAAACGAGUUCCAAGCAGCACCGUCAAGCGUCGCCAGUGCGGAUCACAAAAGCAACAAUCAUUAACGACGAAAAUGGUGAGCCGCCUUACUCGGAGGACGAGGAGCAAGUGGAUUACAUUCAGCACGAGAUACAGCCUUCGGACGAGCCGGGAGAAUCAUCAUCUUCCGCGAGCCAUCAGCAAGACGUACCGAAUUCAACCGUCGGUAAUGUUGUUACGCUUAUUCCUUCGCCCGUUACGGUGCCCGUACUGGAUCCGGCGUUAAUGGAAAAGAUGAAUCAGAAUGCGCGAGAGAUCGGUGAACUGAAGCAGCUGGUGCAAGAGCUCGCCAAUCGGCCCGAGCCACAGCCGAUGGUGAGUGCUGCCGCAGCACCGACACGUGUGGUCAUGGAAAAGGGCCCACAGCUCACAAAGGCACAGCUGUUUAGCAGUAUAAAGCGGUACCUCAAUCCGUCGAUGGUUACGCUGCUGCGCAUGGAACUGUUUGCGGGAUCAGCCGAACGUCCGUGGAAGCCCGACGAGAAGAGUCUAGCCGUCGACAUGAUCAAUCUGGGCGAUCAGGUGUACGAUUAUUUCAAGGAAGAGUUCCGCUUUCGUUUACCGCCAAAAAGCGAAGCAAAGCAGUGGCAGGAGUCGGGAGAAAUUGAUGCAGACGAUGCAUGCUAGGUAGAGCGGGCGCUUGUGCUGAUUUUACUUUACAUUGACAAUAUAAUCAUUAGAAGCAUUUUAUUCCUCCCUUCCCUUA